AUGAGAAAAGAGCGCACUCUAAGGGCCGUCCGAAUCAAGGUGGAUGAUGAUCUACUUCUCGCGAUGCGCUUUGCAACAAAGGACCUGCUUCAGACCGAGACGAUGAGCAUGGGUCGCAAAAAAACACCUAUCAAACAACGGGCAAGAAGGAGAAUGGAAUUUUCGCAGUCUCCCCAGCAGGCGAGAGAGAGAUCGCGGUAUUUAAUGAAGGCUUUGAAAAGAAUUCACAAGACCAAACCAAGUUCACAACGCCGAGCUCUCAGAGAUGCAAUCGAUAGUCUGCCCGUGUGGAAACAUGAGAGACAGAUCUUGGACAUCAUCAAUAACCACACUUACUGCCUGAUUGCGGGAGAGACGGGCUCUGGAAAGUCAACUCAGAUUCCUCAGAUGGUUCUUGAUCAAGCAACCAGGAGGCAAGCCGGCGCUGAUAUCCGAGUACUUUGCGUUCAGCCACGCCGAAUAGCAGCAAGCUCACUGGCUCGGCGAGUCGCCCACGAAAGAGGCGAAAGGAUCGGUGAUACAGUUGGCUUCCAGGUCCGAUUUGAGUCCCAUUGGCCGCGCACCGGCGGCUCGAUCACCUACUGCACCACCGGUAUCAUGCUCAAUCUCUUACAAGAUUCACCACAAUUUCUCUACUCUUUCUCCCACAUCAUGCUCGACGAAGUCCAUGUGCGGGAUGUCGGCAUCGAUUUCGUGAUGCUGCUGUUGAAACGGUUGAUCAGCCAACGUCUAGCUCUUGGUCACUCCGCGCCUAAGGUGAUCGUGAUGAGCGCAACUCUGGAUCUCGAUCUCUUCUCUUCCUAUUUCAGCAACAAGGGACCAGACGGAGCGAUGAUCCCUGCUCCCCAUCUUAUCAUUCCCGGGCGUUCGUACCCCGUAGAGAAGCACUAUCUUGAUGAGAUUCUUCAGAACCUUAUUCGCUUUUACGGGAGUCCCGAUGCCUUGGCUCGAUUCUUCAAUAACCAGGACACUAAAUACGAGACGGCCAAUUACUUAUUACAGCACUAUAAGCAUUUCAGCAGCGGACCACCUUCAGACGUGGCUCUAGUUUUAGAAUCACUCGAGGCACCGCCCAAGCAAUUUCGCAAUGCCUCAAGCGAGUACGAGGACCCGUUGAUCCCAUACGAACUAUUGCUGGCAACAAUAAUUCACAUCCUGUCCACAAGAGAUACAGGCUCUGUAUUGGUCUUUCUUCCGGGCAUGAAGCACAUCCUCAUGUUGGAGGAGAUGCUUCGUUCCCGCGGCCCUGGAUUUGGGUUCUCCUUUUCCGAUGAAAACCGAUUCCAGAUCUUAGCCUUACAUGCGCUGCUGCCUGAAGGACAGAAGAACAUUACCAUGGAAGUACCUACAGGCUGCAGAAGAGUUAUCCUGGCUACCGACAUAGCUGAAGCGUCAGUCACAUUCCCUGAUGUGAAGUUCGUGAUUGACUGCGGCAAGGCACACGAAGCGGUCUUUGACAGCAAGUCACGAUCCCGGCGGCUGGCAUGCUCGUGGGUCAGUAAAUCCAGUGCAAUCCAACGCGCAGGGCGUGCAGGGCGCGUCCAGCCAGGUGAAUAUUUCGCUCUCUACACUGAAGAGCGACAUGACGGCUUUCGAGUCACCAAAUCUCCAGAAAUCACCCGCAUGGACCUUCAAGAUGUCUGUCUGCGAGCAAUGAUUUGCGCUCCUGAUAUCUCAGUAACAAAACUCCUCCAGGAGGCGAUUGAGUCGCCAGACAUCAUGAACAUACAAGCUGCGAUGGACUCCUUGCGCCGCUUACAAGCGGUGGACGAGAACGACAACCUCACUCACCUCGGCCACAUUCUCUCCCAGCUCAGCAUAGAUCCGGCCCGUGCCAAACUGGUUAUCCUUGGCAUCAUCUUCCGCUGUCUUGACCCUCUAUUGAUCCACGGGGCCAUGGCGGAAAGUUCGCUGUUCCGCUUCCAGUCCACUCCGGAUGGCAAAGCCCUAAUUAUCCAUGAGCUUCAGAGCUUUGCACAAGCCAGCCACAGCGACCACAUCGGGUUAAUCAAUGCCUUCAAAGCUGUUCGAGAUGUUUAUAUGCGAUCCGGGCGAUGGGAAGCGUUGGAUUUCUGUGCGAAACAUUACAUCCAUUUCCCCAGGUAUCAUGAAACCUACCUUGUGUCUCGUGAGAUCCUCGGCAAGCUCUCUAGCGCAGGGCUUAUUCGUCCAGAGCAAGCCAGUCUAGAUGAGAGCUACCAGUUCGGAGGUCCUGAACUAAACACCAACUCGCGGAAUCUAGCACUGAUCAAGGCCUUGCUGCUGCACUGCAUGUAUCCUCAAAUUGCGGUACCAAGUCUUGCUCCCUCACGACUUCGUUCACCAUACUGUGACACCGAGACCGACAAUAAAACAGUCAUAAAUAGGGGAAGUUCGAUCCUUCGGAUACCUUCGACUGAUCCCAAGAAGAAAUAUAUGCGUGUUCAGUCUCUCUUCAUCUUCAGCAGGAAAGUCGAGGUAGUGCUCGACGGGGUUCCUGUUAAAGCCCUCUUUGACACUUCACUCAUCGACCCUCUUACGGCGUGUCUCUUCGGCGGCCGUUUACAAUGGAACGGCCAGAAUAUCAAGAUGGGGACCUGUGUUAACAUCCCUGUCUUGUCUGCGGAUGGGCAUGACGACCAAGGCGCUCAUGGCGUGAUCGAGCUGCGCAAAGCUGUCGAUAGAGUCAGUUUCCCUUCUCUCGGCAAGCUCUACCCGAAAUCUGCUAACUUUCAGAUUGUACAGUCUCUCGCGGCUAGCUACCAAUAUCUCGUCAUGCAACAACAGAAUCGCUCGCAUCGAGAAUCGCAUUCGGCUCGCGAUGCCCAUUUCUCCGCGCUCUCGAAAGCGAUCAAAGAGAUUGUGGGUCUAGGGUUGCACCAAAUCUCCAGCCAAAAGGAUGUACGCGAAGAGAUAAAUGUAUAUUAA